AUGAGCAGCUAACCAAAACAAAGUGCUCUUAAUAGUGUCAUAAACAUAUUUCUAGAUAUUGUUUCCCAAAAAAUUUCUGAGGAUGAGCUAAAUACGGAGUCUUCAUGGAGUAGUAUGUGCGAUAACAUUAGUAUAAAAGAGGUAUCUCAAUAGUAAUAACAAGUUUCUUGCUCAUAAUUUAAGAAUUCAUAAUAGAUAUCUGCUUAAUACUCUGAUGCUUCUGAUGGAUAGUUUGAAGUCUCUAAAAUGAAACAUAACUAACUAUAAAAUAUGAUAAAAAAUAUCUUAAAAAGCUUUCUAAAGUAUUUAAUAAAAUUGUAAGAUAUGAAUACUAUUAGAAAAUAUUAAUCAAUGUACAGUAAACACACCAUUAUAUCCUUUUCCUAAAUAAAAAAAGUUGUAUCUAAGAAAGUAAACAUUAAGGCUAAUAGGUGGAAUUUUUAGCUGCAAAGUAUUGUUUAAAGCCAAAAAUUAAAGCAUAUAUUUUAUGACUAUCUAAUUGAUUCAUCAGAAUCAUGGUUAUUACAAUCAAAAGUUUCUAAUACAAAUGAACAUCAAAGACUUAUUUUCUUUAUUCUAAAUUGCAUUGAAAAUAACUAACCAUUAAAAAUAAAAACAUAUAAGAAAAAAAAAUGA